AUGUCCUUCGGCGUGGGCUACGUCGUGGUGAUGCUGAGCCUCGUCUGCCGGGCGCUCGUGCCGUCCCUCGCGCGCUGGGCGGCCUGCCUCGCCCUCGCGCCCCUGGCCGGGUGCCUGGCCCUGAUCCCGGACCUGAACCGGCUCACGCUCGUGUCCGUCUUCGGGUUAUUCGUCACGGUCGUCGGCGUCGUCGGCCUCAGCGGCGGCUACGCCCUGACGUCCGACGCGUUCGAAGUCCACCUCUGGGGCUCCGCGGGGCCCGGCACGCCGAGCUGCUCCUGGGGCGUCCUCAUCCGCCACGUCGGCUCCAUCCUCUACUCUGUCGAGUCGGUGAACCACGUCAUGCCCAACGCGGACAUGAUGGCCGACCCGACGCGGCUCCCGCGCGUCAUCGCCAUCGUCAUGGUCUCCUACUGGCUCUUCGUCGGCGCCUGGGUCGCGCUCACGGACAUGGCGGGCUUCGGCAAGUGCCCCGGCGGCGGCGCGAUCGUCAUCGACUGCCUCCCCGCGGGGCCGCCGCGCGACGUGCUCAAGGUCGCCGUCUGCCUCCAGCUUCUCGCGUCCCUGCCCAUCACCAUGUUCCCCGCCGUCGAGAUGCUCGAGCGCCGCGCGGUGCCCGUCGCCGACGACGACGACGGGAAGCCCGACCACUCUCUGAACGCGCCGCUCCUGGAUCGCGAGCUCUCGGCCGAUUUGACGGACACGACGAGACCAAGCUACGUGUCGACGGUCUCCGCCUCGACGGUGCCCUCGUCGGCGGGGGGAAUGUCGUCGGCGGGCCCGCCGUCGCCGCCCGCGUCGCCCGCGGCGGCGCCGUCGCCGGCCGCCGCGGCGCGGAAACGCGCGCUGCUGCGCGUCGCGUGCUACGAGCUCGUCGUCUUCCUCGGCCUCGUCGUGCCCAACUUCCAGGUCUUCACGGGCCUCGUGGGCUGCCUCUUCCUGAGCCUCCUGGGCUUCAUCCUGCCCGUCGUGCUGUUCGAGACGUCCGCGUCCGGCCACCGCGGCGAGAACGCGCCGCUCCGAUCCCUCGCCCACGUCCUCAUCGCCGUCCUCGGCGUCAUCCUCGCCAUCGUCGGGACCGGAACAAGCAUCGUCGCGCUGCGAGGGGGUGCGAUGAAGGCCCUCAUCGUCGAGAGCGGCAUGUCGCACGCCGACUGCGUCGAGAAGGCUGAGCUCCGCGCCAAAUGCCGCGAAGCGCUGGCGCGGCGCGCGGCGGCGGAGGAGACCGCGCCUUCGCCGGAGGAGACGUCGCCGGACGCGCUCGACCUCGACGCGGCGACGAUCUCGCGGUCCGUGGACCGGACGGAGACGUGGCAGGGCGCGAAGCCGCCGGAGGGCGGCGGCCACGUCGGCUUCGGUCUCGAUCCGGACGGGUCGGUGAUGGUCGUGGAGGCGAAGGAAUGCAUGGCCCGCAGCCGCCUCUACCUCUACGGGCGCCAGGUCCUCUCGCUCAACGGCGAGCCCCUGGGCCCGUUCGCGCGCGGCGAGGACGUCGCCGCCGAGGAGCACCGCUUCAAGGAGUACCCGCUCACCAUCGCCUUCUCCGCGCCGCGUGAGUCGUACACGGGGGCGCCGACGGCGGCCGCCAGGGCCUGGCUCGCGACGAUCGAGGGCCUCAUCGCGCGCGGCGCCGACCCCUCGGAGCUCGGCACCACGAUCAUGGUGCAGCCCGUGGCGCUUGUCCACGGCGCCGACGGCGCGGAGGCGGACCUGCGCGCGGACCUCGCGACCAUCGGCCUCGGCAUGUCGAAGCUCGUCGCGCGCGCGCGCGCCGUCGCGGAGGACCCGUCGCUCGUCAUCGGCGUCUGGGACGAGAAGCACCUGCUCUUCCUCGCGGGCCUCGUCUCCGAGACCGCCUUUGGCGUCGCGAAGCUCACGGCCGCGGGCCGCGCGGACCUGGCGGGCUUGGUCGCGAGGAUCGCGCCGCGGCUCCUCCGCUCGCCCGCGGGCCUCGAGAAGCUCGGCGACCUCAACCCGCCCUUCCAGGCCCUGACGGCGCAGGACGCCGCGGCGCGCGCCGCCGUCCGGGGCUGCUUCUCCGACGAUGACCUGGAGACGCUCCGCUUCGGCGGGAAUCCCCAGACGAAGAUGCUCCACGCGCUCGUCACGUGCCCGGAGCAGGAGCUCCUCACCGUGCUCUGCGGCGAGCGGCGCAGGGGCUGGGUCGUCGUCGUCAGCGGGUGCGAGGGCAUCUUCUCGCUCGAGGCCCUCCUCUCGCCCAUCGUCGACGAGCCGCCGGCGGACGGCGCGGCGCCCCGGCUCUCCGAGGCCCAGCUCGCGUGCGUCCGCGGCGGCCCCGGCGCGCCGGAACGCCUCGAGGGCCAGCCGUGGACGCGGGGCUUCCGGCUCUACCAGCCCAUCGCGGUCCAGUGA